AUGUCUUUUAGAGAUCCUACCACCUCCACUGGAUUGGUGACUGUUAUUGUCAUUCUGAUAGCUCUUGCAUCUCUUGGUGCCUUGAUACUUGGCUGCUGGUGUUACCUGCGUCUGCAGAGGAUCAGCCAGUCUGAAGAUGAAGAAAGCAUUGUGGGUGAAGGAGAAACCAAAGAGCCCUUUCUUCUGGUGCAGUACUCUGCUAAAGGACCUUGUGUAGAGAGGAAAGCUAAGCUAACUCCGAAUGGCACAGAAGUACACAGCUAA